AUGGCCGAGCUGCAGAGCAAACGCCGCUCGGUGACGGACGUGUUCUUGUACGUGCCCAACCUCAUUGGCUACAUGCGUGUGGUGCUAUCGCUCUAUAGCUUGGCCAUUGCGCGCUCGGACUACAAGACGAGCGUCCUGUGCUACGUCCUGAGCUUCACCUGCGACUACUUUGACGGCUUUUUUGCUCGCCUCUGCAAUCAAUGUUCUUCGUUUGGUGCUGUGCUGGACAUGGUGACCGAUCGCUGCUCGACGGCGGGGCUGUUGGUCGUGCUGUCCCACUUGUACCCGCAGUACAUGGUGUGCUUCAUCUACCUCCUGGCUCUUGACUUUUCGAGCCACUGGUUGCACAUGUACUCGUCGCGUGGCCACCACAAGGUCGUCUCCGCCGAGCGCAACUUCUUGUUGCGCUUCUACUACAGCUGCUACCCGUUCUUUGGCUUUUGCUGUGUUGGCACGGAGCUCUUUUACAUUCUCCUCUACGUGCUUCACUUUGACCCUGCGUUGAUGAUACCGGGCAUCAACGUUCCUGUGAUCCAGCUGUGCUACUACGUUUGUCUACCCGCUUGUGUGUGCAAGACCAUGACCAACGUGGCGCAGCUGUGCAGUGCGGCGCACUCUGUUGCUUUGGAGGAUGUGGCACUGUUCAACAAGACCAAGUAG